AUGCCUGAUGGUCUUAUCAAACUGAUUCAACAGCAUACUACAUCCAAUGUCACGAAUAAUUUCGUGAAAACAGUGCAGAAUCUUGCGAAAGUUCAUGUUCAUGACGUGAGUAAGUUUACCAAGUCAUGUAUGGCCUUAGGUAAGUUUAAAGGCCAAGAGGAAUUUUUGGGAGAGCUUCAUUCAAAACUGAUCGGAAAAGAAACCAGUACAUUAGAUGAAGUUAAGGAUGUGCCGCGAAAAACCAAUGAGUCGCGUGCCAAGUUGAAGCAACAAGUGCGUCGCCCUCAAAAAUUGGGAACCCGGGGUUUACAAUUCCAAGAUGAAGACCUUUCCGAUAGUGAUCCAGCGCUUAAUGCCCCAGGUCAAGCUACCGUACCGGUUACCAAAAAGAUCAGCUUCAAAAAAAUGAGCAAAGACAAGGCGCAGAGCCUCAAACAAUACUCUGAAAGGGUAGAAAACGAUAGUAAGCAUCAAGAGGUCAAGACUGGCAGCCUAUUAGUCCCUGAACUGGUUUCAUUUCCGCACACUUCUUCUGACGCAACACCUUUGGAGUUUGAGCCAGAGCAAGACGAGAUCUUUUCAAUGGACGACAGCGACAGUGCAAGCGAUGAUCAAAUUUUAGAAGAGGAUCGAGACUGGUACGACAAUGAUGAUGAUUACGGAUAUCAAGUUGCUGGCGCUUUUAAUAUGACGGAAGCUGCAUACGCGAAAGAUGCACUAGCAAGAACUUUUCGCAAAGAGAAUAGAAACAGUAUCGAUACCAAAUCUCAAAUACACUUAUCUUCUAUGACUUUAAGCCAGCGGAAAGAACUCAUACCGCCGUUUCUCUUGAAAUACAAGCAAGAUCCAAGCUUUUUUGCCAACAUGAGUAACUUAACUGAUGCCCAAGACCUGUCCAACCGGCGAAUCAUAGAUCCCAUACGAAACCCUGAUAGUGACUUUUCCCUGAAUGCAAAAAAAGGAAGCCGUGCUGUUGCUGAGAGACGCAGCAAAGAGGUUCAUAAAGCUAAAAUGGAGGAAACAAAUGAUUUGACUGGCACGGCAAUAGGCCAAAUCAUUGGGUUGAAAGAUGGCGAAAAAACUGCGGUCUCCCAAAGCACAGACUCUAGCAACAAUCUUGAAAACUCAAAAGAGAAUUUUGAGUCAAUUCAGAGGGUAAGAAAAACGUUACCUGCUUUUAAGGCACGAUCUGAACUCCUUCAAAUUAUAAGAGACAACCAGGUUAUUGUCGUUAUAGGAGAAACGGGCUCAGGAAAAACUACUCAGCUUGCGCAAUUUUUAGAAGAGGACGGCUACUGCAAUGGGGGUCAAUUAAUAGGCUGUACACAACCACGUAGAGUUGCUGCAAUUUCAGUGGCUACAAGAGUAGCGAUGGAAAAGGGCGUUAAAUUAGGAAAUGAGGUUGGUUAUUCUAUUCGGUUUGAAGAUAAAACGACAUCACGCACAAAAAUAAAAUUUAUGACAGAUGGUAUAUUAUUACGAGAGACUCUUAUGAGCACCAUGCUCGAGAAGUACAGCUGCAUAAUAAUGGAUGAAGCGCACGAGCGGUCGCUGAACACAGACAUUUUAUUCGGUAUUUUCAAAAAUUUACUAGCCAUUCGGAGAGAUUUGAAACUCAUUAUUACGUCAGCGACUAUGAAUGCGAACAAGUUUUCUCAGUUCUUCGGCGGCUCUCCGAUGUUUACAAUUCCGGGACGGACGUUUCCUGUGGAAACAGUUUUCUCCAGGCAUCCAGUUAGCGACUAUGUGGAAUCAGCAAUACUUCAAGCGAGUAAAAUUCAUCUAUCUUCGCCCGUAUCUAGUGGUGAUAUAUUAAUAUUCAUGACCGGUCAAGAAGACAUUGAAGCCACUUGUGCAGGAUUGCGAGAGAAACUUUCGGAGAUUAAUACUAAGAAAAGAUUAGGGAACAUGGAGUCCACUGAACUUAAUGAUAUUGAAAUUUUACCUAUUUAUUCUGCUUUACCAGCGGACGUUCAAGGCAAAAUUUUCAAUUGCACGCCAAAUAAGCGCAAAGUUGUUGUCGCAACAAAUAUCGCGGAAACAUCUUUAACUGUGGAUGGUGUGAAAUAUGUCAUUGAUUGUGGCUACUCCAAAUUGAAAGUAUACAAUCCUCAAAUUGGACUCGAUAUUCUUCAGAUCGCCCCGAUAUCAAUGGCCAGCGCCAACCAAAGAUCGGGAAGAGCAGGACGUACAGGCCCAGGUAUAGCAUACCGCUUAUAUACCGAGGACUCAUUCUUUGAUGACAUGUAUGUCCAGACAAUACCUGAAAUCCAAAGGACUAAUUUAUCUAACACGCUGCUCCUGCUAAAAUACUUAGGAGUCAAAGACGUACUUGCAUUCCCGUUUGUAGAUCCACCGCCGGAGCAAAUAGUGAUGUCUUCUCUAUUUGAACUAUGGACCGUUGGAGCGCUAGACAAUUUUGGAAAAUUGACGGAGCUGGGCGGACAGAUGGCGUCUUUCCCCUUGCAGCCUUCGUUGUCAAAAAUGCUCUUAAGCGCUUCUCAAAGUGGCUGCAGUGAGGAAGUCUUGACGAUCGUAUCAAUGUUGUCCGUUCCUCAGAUUUUUUACAGACCUAAAGAACGACAAGAGGAAUCUGAUCAGGCACGAACGCGAUUCUUUGUACCAGAGUCUGACCAUUUAACGUUGCUCAACGUAUUCUCUCAAUGGAAAGCCAACAAUUUUUCAUCUGCAUGGUGUAGGCGUAAUUUCCUGCAAUUCAAAUCACUGCAAAGAGCCAAGAGCAUUCGAGAUCAGUUAAGAACGUUGAUGGAAAAGAAAAGAAUAAUUAUCGUAUCUUCUGGGACUGACUGGGAUAUUAUUAGAAAAUGCGUAUGUUCCGGCUAUGCACAUCAAGCAGCAAGAUUAUCAGGAUUAAACAAAUAUGUUCAUUUGAGAAAUGGGCUGGAAUUGCGAAUACAUCCUGCGAGCGCCCUUUUCCGGGCCGGUGAUCUUCCACCUUACGUGGUGUAUCAUGAAAUGCUGCUUACUUCAAAUGAAUACAUCAAUACAGUGACUGCUGUUGAUCCUUUUUGGUUAAUGAAGUACGGUUUGUUAUUUUACAACGUUAGUCGCCGGAGAGAAGAUGUAGAGGACAGUGGAAUUUAUGCAGAUGAGUCUCCCGAAAGGAUUAAAGAUAAUUUGGAUCUGUCAAUCGAGCAGUGCAUGAUGAAAAAGGAGAUUGUAAAGCAAAAGUUAUUGAAAGACACUAUCACGGCAAGCGCCGACAUUAGUUGCGAAACGAACAAAAAGAAGCCCGAGAGCGUGGCAAAAAAGCCAGGUGGUCAAAUAGGCUUUAAGAGACGACGUCCACUAUAA